AUGGUGAAAAGGGAAGAUACAGACGACACAUCGACACAAGCAGUGGACGGAGCAGAAGUUGAGAGUAACGGACAAGGUGAUGCCGGAACAGACUCUUCUCCAUGGUCCAUAGAGAGCGAGACAGUGCUGUUCAACUCGCUGUGCAAGUUCAAGCCCGUGGGCAUCCACAAACAUUUCCGCAUGAUUUCUCUGUCGGCUUCGCUGAACUACUAUUUUUCCGAAUCGCCGAAGGACGCGCCUGUGUUCUCUCACCAGGACGUGUGGGACAAGCUGGGCACUCUGUACGACCUGGAUGGACUAGACGAACUGGAGUACGUGGCCGACAACCAGGAUUCGGACAUGGACGAGGAUGAGGAUGACGAGGCUGCGAUUGAAGGGAUCGCAAAGCGGUCGCAGAUGAAGGAGUUCGUGCUGCCGUUCCGCGAUUAUGGGUUUCUGCAGAUUGAGCAGGCUACUGCGGUUGCCAGUGAACAGUCUAGUCCAGCCAUGUCGCGCGAGCAGUCUGUCUUGGAAGACGGACCCACAGCUGGGGAUGAAAAGAAGGGCCUUGCUGACGAUGACGACGAGUCCAGUGAUCUGGAUGAACUGGACGACGAGGAGAUGAAACUGGCGGAAACCAAGAUCAAGGUGGAGGGAGAGCAGCAGGAACGGGAGGAGAACGGAGGAGAAGAAGAGCACGACACCAUGGAGGGUAGUGCAGAGCCCGAGGAAGCUGAAAAAUCGGAGGAGGAAGGAGAAGGAGAAGAAUCUGGAGAAUCGGAGAGUGAAUCCGGUUCGGAAUCACAGUCUGACUCGGACGCACAAACAGGCCGCCAACGAAGAACGCGAGCAGCCACUGCAGCAGCUGUUCGUGGCCGAGGGACCUCAAAGGGCAAGACUGUUCGCGACAAAAAGUCGUCGCCCAGCACCCGUGCUUCCUCCGCUCCGAGACGGUCGACGAGACGGAAGGCGACAACGGAACCCGAAGAUACAGCUACAGAACGAGAAGAGACGCCGACGCCGAAAAAGUCGUCUGGUGGGGUGAAGAAACCUGCUCCUCGGCGCAGCACCAGGAGAAAGAAGUGA